AUGAGCGGAAGCGGGGGAUAUAGGAGUAAAUUCGGGUCCUUGAUCGGUGUAUUGUACGUUGGCCACACCAGUUGCAAGUGUUUGAUUUAUGCCACGAGAAAUGCGGAGGUGCUCACUUGCCACGAAUCCCAUCUAGAGUGCCACUCACCUCAAUCGGGAUGGGUUGAGUUUGAACCAUUAACGAUAUGGCAAACAGCUCGCGUGUGCCUGGAGACAGCCGUUAAAAACCUAAUCAUUCUGGACAUCAACCCUCUGGAUAUUGUUGCAAUCGGCGUUUGCAAUCAGCGUGAAACGACGGUGCUGUGGGACCGGACAACGGGCUCACCGUUAUGCAAUGCAAUCGGUUGGUGUGACACGCGCACAUCCAACGUCGUCGGAAGGAUUCUACAGCGGGUCCGUGGCAAGAAGAACUAUUUGAAGUCGGUGUGCGGGCUGACCAUCAGCAAUUGCUUUAGCGCCGUCAAGAUACGAUGGAUGAUGGAAAACGUCGACGGGGUGCAACAGGCUGUGGACGAUGGCCGGGCAGCAUUUGGGACGCUGGACAGUUGGAUUAUUUGGAUGCUGACCGGUGGUCCUGAGGCGGGCAUCCACGUGACGGACGUGACGAAUGCAUCUCGAACAAUGCUGAUGAACCUAGAACGCUGUACGUGGGAUGAACGGCUGUGUCGUUUUUUUCGCAUUCCGACUAGCAUCUUGCCGGAAAUUCGAAGCUGCUCAGAGGUGUACGGAUACAUCAACGAUGGACCGUUGAGUGGAAUACCGAUAGCAAGUUGCCUCGGUGACCAACAGGCCGCAUUGCUUGGGCAAAUGUGUCUCAGCGCCGGGCAAGCGAAUUGUACCAUUGACGAGGGAAUGUUUGUGCUGUUCAACACUGCCCAGGAAAUAAUCGACUCGGAUCACGGGCUGCUUUCGACGGUAGCAUACCAACUAGGUGUUCGUGGAGAUGUUUGUUACGCGCUAGAGGGGGCAAUUGCUCACGCCGGUUCGUCCAUUGGAUGGCUGAAACGUACGCUAGCCUUAGAGCAGCCCCCAUCGGAUCGAAUGCAGAAUAGCGCUUUCGGCUUGUUGCCCGAUGGAAACUCGAAUACUCAGCUAAUGAACUCGUUUUGCUCGAUAAGUUCGCCAGUACCGCCCUAUGGGGAGUCGAAAACGAUCGUCUCCAGUAGUUCUCGUGCCGGUGUAAUUUUUGUACCAGCAUUCAGCGGAUAUUACACACCAUAUUGGCGGUAUAAGGCGCGUGGUAUGAUGUUCGGAAUCACUUUGCAAACGACACCGCAACAGAUCCUAGCCGCGGCGCACGAAGCCGUUUGCUUUCAGGUACGCGAAGUUCUAGACUCACUAGCGAAGGACUGCCCCACGUGGCCCCGUCUUACGAAGCUCACGGUUGGGGGUGAUCUCAGCGAGCAGCGGUUUCUAGUGCAGAUGAUGUCCGAUCUAAACGGGCUGAUCGUGGAACGGCCACAAACGUCGACACCGGCCUGCCUUGGAGCGAUGCUGGCUGCUGGGUUGGCAACCGAAAUUUUGUCCAUCGAACAGUUCCGCCAAAAUUGCGUACCCCCAGUCGACGUCUUUAAUACAGCGUUCAAUUCUAGUCAAAGGGAUAUGAAGUUUCGCCGCUGGAAAAUGGCCGUCGAUCGAUGUUUGAAUUUUGAUUCCGUCUCCGAGAAUGACCCGGUGAAGCUGAUUGGCGAUGGACGCGAUCCGGACUCGUACGUGCGCUGCUCGAUCCCUGGGUCGUUGUUCAUAGUUUCAUCGUUUGCGUUAAUUGUCGUAGCGCAGCUUAUGCGACAGAAUGGUUUCGUAUAGUUCCUGCCCGAUGCUGGCAUGUCCGUUUCCGAAAUUACCCCAGUCAGGUAGUAUUAAGCGCCAAUAGCUUUGUUCCUGGUCGCCGGUGGAUGCGAUAGUUGUUUGUUACCGAGCACAAAUUAACGAUAAACUUGCAAACGCUUGCAGCAAUGUAUGACAAAAGAGAUAAUGGAAAAAGUAC